CCUCCAUGGAUUUAUCUCAUCCUAGAACUUGUUUUGCAGAGUCUUGAACGAUGCCAACUGAACGAUGUUGUUGCUGCAAAACCUGGUAAACUAGAUUCUGCAGUUGUUGAUAAUGGUGAUAAUUGGAGUGUUGGACAACGACAGCUUCUUUGUUUGGGACGAGUGAUGCUGAAGCACAGCAGGCUGUUGUUCAUGGAUGAAGCAACGGCUUCUGUUGAUUCACAGACGGAUGGGGUGAUUCAGAAAAUCAUACGAGAAGACUUUGCGGACUGCACCAUAAUCAGCAUUGCUCACAGAAUACCAACGGUUAUGGACUGUGAUCGUGUUUUGGUCAUCGAUGCCGGUUAUGCGAAAGAAUUCGACAGACCUUCGCGGUUGAUGGAAAGGGGUUCUCUGUUUGGGGCAUUGGUACAAGAAUAUGCGAACCGGUCGUCGGACUUGUGAACAAUUGCAGUUUUGAUGAUGAAUGGAAGUGUAGUAGUCUUAAAAAGCAAAGUAGGAUGGGUAGGGUUAGGAAUAAAUCCGGGAAGUUAGGUUGUUGGAUGGGCAAAAAGAAGAUGUUGAAUGAGAGUUAUGUGUAUGAUGAGAUGAAGUAAGAGAGAGAUUAUUUACUUUGUAAUGACCGUAUCUAAAUCUAAUAUCAUUCAUCCU